GUCAGUCAGACCCGGGUCUAUGGAUUACAUUCCAAAUACCUAAAAUAAGUCCACCCGACAGGAAAAUGGACGAUGAUGCUUAGCCUAUUUUAGCGGCCACGUAUGGCCUCCUUCACCUGCCCACCCCUGCAACAAAGUCGACUCCAACUUUUAUCCUUUGCUCACUGCAACUACUCUUCUGCUUUAAUCACUUUCUUGAAUGUUUCAACAACGAAGCACGCAUUCAACCAAAGAUUUUCACCAUUUCUUCAAGUUAAUGCGCAUGUUGCCCCCUUGGAAGCAAAGUUGCCCAGGAACACCCACCACAAUGUCUCAAGAAACAACCAUAAAGCUAUUGGGCAGAAUGGUUCUGGGGUUUCCUCUGAUAGUCUGAGGGACAGAAGAAUUGGUGAAAGUUUUCAAAAAAGUAGUCAUUUUGAUGCAGCUGUAGCGGAUAAUGUUGAGAAAAGAGUUAUACUGAAGGAUAGACAUGCAAAGACUAGAUUAAACCCCAAAAGCAGAACAGUUACGAGUCCUCAGUUUUCGUCGACGAGGUCUAAGGAUGGAAAUACAGGAAAAGAUGUCAAGAAAGCACAGGGAAAUGGAAAGGGCACUAGCAAGAAGGAAAGAAAGCCGGAGAAUGAGGACCAAAUUAAUCAGCUGGAAGUUGAAAGGGUAGGAAAGGCUUCUAAGAAAAGUAAGGCUGAUACACCUGGAACUGUGCUGAGGGUAGGGCUCGAUAUGUGCUCUAAAAGGGGGGAUGUUAUAGGUGCAAUUCGGCUAUAUGAUUUAGCUAGGAAAGAAGGGAUAAAUUUGGGGCAGUACCAUUAUGCUGUACUUCUCUAUCUUUGUUCUUCUGCUGCCACUGGUGUUGUGCAGCCAGCAAAAAGCGGUAGCGGUAAUAGAAGCUUGAAUCCUCUGGGGUUGUCCAAGGAGAUAAACUCUGAAAAUAAAGAGGGGCUGGAUUUCAAUGGUUUUCCGGCUAAGGUAAACAAUCCUGUAAGUUUUUCAAAUGACUCUAAGUUACCCUAUCCUCAAAGUUUAGAUGAGAUGGUUCAGUUCAUGAAGUCUGACACUGAGCAUGCGAACACAGAUGUGAUGGGAGAAGAAGGUUCUGGAAUUCAAGUUACUCUGGAUGUCAAGAGAUACGCACUUAAAAGGGGAUUUGAAAUAUAUAAUAACAUGCUUUUUGAUAAGGUUCCAAUGAAUGAAGCGACAUUUACAUCUGUGGCUAGAAUUGCAAUGUCAUUAGGAGAUGGAGACUUGGCCUUUGAUAUUGUAAAGCAAAUGAAAGAAUUAGGAAUUAACCCUCGAUUGCGAUCUUAUGGUCCUGCACUGUCAGUUUUCUGCAACAAUGGAAAUGUUGAGAAAGCGUUUAUGGUUGAAGAACAUAUGUUGCAGAAUGGUGUCUGUCCAGAGGAGCCAGAACUUGAAGCCCUUUUGAGAGUAAGUGUAGAAACUGGAAAGAGUGACAGAGUCUAUUAUCUGUUGCAUAAGCUAAGAACAAGCGUUAGGCAGGUCUCGUCUUCUACUGCAGAUUUGAUCGAGAAGUGGUUCAGGAGCAAGGUAGCUUCAAGAGUGGGGAAGAGGAAAUUGGGUCAAAGACUCAUAAAGAAAGCAAUGGAAAAUGGAGGUGGCGGUUGGCAUGGACUGGGCUGGUUGGGUAAAGGGCGCUGGACUGUUUCGCGUACAUCUGUGGGAUCUGAUGGCUUAUGCAGAUGUUGUGGAGAAAAAUUAGUCACCAUUGACCUUGAUCCUGCAGAAACUGAACAUUUUGCCAGAUCAGUGACUUCGCUUGCCAUACAAAGAGAUAAAAAUUCAAAUUUUGAAAAAUUUCAAAAAUGGCUCGAUUAUUACGGACCGUUUGAAGCAGUCGUAGAUGGAGCAAAUAUUGGCCUUUACACUCAAAGAAAAUUUAAACCAUCCAAGGUUAAUGCAGUUGUUAAUGGACUUCGUCAAAUGCUUCCAUCUAAGAAAUGGCCACUCAUUGUCUUGCAUAACAGGCGUCUAACUGGAGAUAAGAUGAAUGAACCUGUCAAUCGAGCACUGAUUGAGAAGUGGAAAAAUGCAGAUGCACUCUAUGCAACUCCUACUGGAUCAAAUGAUGAUUGGUACUGGUUAUAUGCAGCCAUCAAGUUUAAAUGCUUAAUUGUCACGAAUGACGAGAUGAGAGACCACUUAUUUCAACUUCUGGGAAAUGAUUUUUUCCCUAAAUGGAAAGAAAGACAUCAGGUACACUUCAGCUUUUCCGAAACUGGUCCAGUAUUUCACAUGCCACCUCCAUGUUCUAUUGUAAUUCAGGAGUCAGAGAAAGGCCACUGGCAUAUUCCAGUUGUUUCAGAAAUUGAAACUCAUGGUGAGGGAACAUGGUUAUGUGUUACAAGAUCUCACCCGCUGAAAAGAGGCCUAGAUUCUUCUAAUGUUGAUAAAGAGUUGCACCUUCCUCAUGGCAAGGGAAACCAAAGAAGCGUGGGCAGUCAAAAGAGAAGGCAGCUUAAGCUGGAGCCAACAGGACAUAGCAGUCAUGAUGGCAGUAAACAGGCACCUCAAAAAACAUACCAGAAUCUUAAAAAUAUUCUGUCGUCAUCUUUGUUAGCAGAUUAUCGCUCAAUCACUCCACAACUAGAGGCUGCAGAGAAUUGUGGUGGCUGCAUAAUUGAUUUUCAAAUUUGAGUUCAGUAACUCAAAAGGUACUAUGAAGGGCCCGGGUGGAAAACUAAAAAUUUGGCAUCAUGGUGGUAGAUCAUACGUCUAUGUAAGAACAUAAAUGAUGAAUUUUUUGUAAUCCUGUUAAAAACAUGCAAAGAGAGGCAGAUAAUCCUUUUGUCAUGUAGAUGUUAAGGUGGACAUUAUGUUGACUGGGAGGGAAGAGGUUAGUUGCAGCGCUGCUGAUUUCAGGGUGUGCUUUGUAACUUAUCUCCAUGCAAAGUCUUCCUGACAGUUGGAAGUUAGUGUGUGAGAGUUGUAUUUUUUCUGCGGGAUAUAACUGUUGAAGUUUAUAUGAGAUAAAACUGCUGCUGCUUCUUGCUACA